CUGCGAACUUCUCUCUUACAUCCUCCAAUCAAACACCUCUCACAGUCCUUAGGGUUUCUCUUUUUCCCUUCAUGGCGGACGAAUCUCAGUACUCUUCGGCCGCGGAUGCCACCGCCACCACUACAAACAAGCGCAAAUACGACGACCAAACACCGCCGCCACCAUCAACUCGCCGCGCUACCGGCUUUUCAUCGCCUGACUCAGCUCAUGCUCAUGCUCCGCCUACUUACAACAGCGUCCCACCACCUGUUGAUGAGAUCCAGAUGGCUAAGCAAAAAGCUCAGGAGAUUGCCGCUCGCCUCUUGAGUGGAGCAGCUGGUGGUGGUGGUGAUAUUAAACGCCCUAGGGUUGAUAAUAAUGGUGCUUCUGGUUUUGAUUCUAAUGAUAAUAAUAAGGGCUUUAGCUCUGCUCCUCCUAAUGAUUUGAAGUCUCUGUCAAAUUCAGCCCCUUCUGCUAUUCCUGUUUCAUAUGGCACAUACUUGGGAAGCUCGAGCAAGAAGAUUGAAAUUCCAAAUGGUAGGGUUGGUGUUAUUAUUGGGAAAGGUGGAGAAACUAUCAAAUACCUGCAGAUUCAGUCUGGAGCGAAGAUACAGGUUACAAGAGACAUGGAUGCAGACCCUAAUUCUCCAACAAGGAUGGUAGAGCUUAUGGGCAACCCUGACCAAAUUGCAAAGGCUGAGCAGUUGAUAAGUGAAGUUCUUGCAGAGGCUGAUGUAGGGGGUUCUGGUACAGUUUCCCGAAGGUUUACAGGACAAGGAGGUUCUGAACAUUUUGUAAUGAAAAUUCCUAAUAACAAGGUUGGACUGGUAAUUGGUAAAGGAGGUGACUCGAUUAAGAACAUGCAAGCAAGAACUGGAGCUCGUAUUCAGGUGAUACCUUUGCAUCUACCCCCAGGUGAUACAUCAACAGAUAGGAAUGUGCAUAUAGAGGGUACUAGUGAACAGAUUGAACUUGCAAAACAGUUGGUUAAUGAAGCUAUUAGUGAGAAUCGUGCAAGGAAUCCAUCAAUGGCUGGAGGAUAUCCUCAACAAGGAUAUCAAUCGCGGCCACCAAGCUGGGGUCAGCCUGGAGCUCCUCAAAUUCAGCAACCUGGUUAUGGCUACAUGCAGCCUGGAGCCUACCCUGGCCAAUCUCAACAGUAUAAUAUGUCUCAACCACCUUAUGGAGGGUAUCCUCCCCAACCAUCAUCUGGUGGAUAUGCAUCCAACUGGGAUCAGUCAAAUCCCACUGCCAAUCAGCAAACCGGUCAGGGUUAUGACUAUUAUAAUCAGCAAGCUUCACAGCAACAACCGACUGCUGGUGGUCCUGCAGCUCCAGCAGAUAAUACAGGUUAUAAUUAUAGUCAGCCACCAGCUUCUGGUUAUAAUCAACAAGGACAGGGUUAUGGUCAGGAUGGCUAUGGUGGGUAUCCUCAAUCUGGUUAUGGUCAAGCACCACAAUAUGAUCAACAGCAAGGCUAUGCUUCAACUUAUGGUAAUGUUGCCAAUGCAACUCAAGAAGGGCAUACUCCCUCAUACGGGGUCCAAGGAGACUCCACUCAAGCACCGAGUCAGCAAGGUUAUACUUCUGGGCAACAGCCUAGCCCAAAUCCAGCAAGUUAUCCUCCACAAGGAUCUACCCAGCCUGGAUAUGGAAUCCCCCCUACCUCUCAGAGUGGCUAUGGGAGUCAACCCCAAGCACAGCCUGGAUAUGGGUCUAGCUAUGGACCUCCUCAAGCACAGAAACCUCCAGCCAAUCCCCCUGUUUAUGGACAGACACAACAAUCACCGAGCACUCCUGGCGGAUAUGCCCAACCUGCUUCUGUGCAGUCCGGAUAUCCACAUUCUCAGCCACCACCAUCUAGCUAUACUCAAGCAGAUUCAGGUCCACAGCGGGCUUCUGGUUAUGGUGCAACAGGUGCUCAGCCAGGGUAUGGUCCACCUUAUGGUUCUACUCCAGGUGGUCAAUCAGGUUAUGGGCAGGGGAUACCACCUUACAACACUUCUUAUGCUAGUGGUUAUUCUCAGCAGCCUGCAGUAUACCCAACUGAUGGCAGUGGUAGCAAUAAUGCUCGGGCGACUUAUGAUGCAGCACCAGCAGCGCAGCCUGCACAAGCAAAAACAUCACCACAAAGUUGAUCUUGGUUUUUUGAGUGCUCACCUUUUGUUGUUCGGUAAUUGAUGGUUUGUGUAUUCAUGUUGUUAGGUUUAGUCAGGUUUUGUAGUGGUGGAAGAGUUGAGACUGUCUUAAUUAGUCUUUUAUUAAAUAUGUUGUUUAAGAUGGACAUAUUGGUUUUGUCUUAGUAUCUUAUGCAUGUCAUAUGUACUUUAUAUAUUUUUCAAUUUCAGGCUGGGUACUGUUUAUCAUUCA